AUGGUCUCCUUUGUCUCCAUUUCUCAAGGCAUCAGUCUCUUCAUUGUCGUCUCUAGCAUGCUGGUUGGUUCCACUCAUGCUGCUCCUGCUUCUUCUCACAAUAGUAGCAGUAAGAAUGCUACUACUUCUGAUGCCUCUACAUUUACGCUCCCUCCUAUCAUUUCGAGCCGUGUUACUCCUCCCAAGGUUCCCUCUGGAAACCAUAAUGUGGAAGAUGCCAAUGUAGCCAAGAACAAGAAAUGGUUUGAAGCUCAUGGUGGUAAACUCAAUGUCACCAAACGAAAUGAUGAAACUGUCGGAGGCUAUACCAUGGACCUUCCUUCCAAUGCACCACCAGUCCCUGCCGUGCCAUCCGCAUCUACUGUAGUUAUCGCAUCUACUGCUCAGAUUUCCGAGUUCAAGAAGUAUGCUGGCAUUGCUUCUACCGCUUAUUGCCGAUCUGUCGUCCCUCUCAAUCAAUGGAGCUGUACCAACUGUCUGAAAUUUGUUCCUGAUGGCAAGCUCAUCACGACAUUCACUUCUUUGGUUACUGAUACCAAUGGUUUCGUCUUGAGAAGUGAUGCCCAAAAGACCAUCUAUGUCGUUUUCCGUGGUACCAACUCCAUCAGAAGUGCCAUCACUGAUUUGGUCUUUGAUUUGACUAAUUAUACUCCUGUGUCUGGUGCCAAGGUUCAUACUGGCUUCUACGCUUCCUACAAGGCAGUUGUCAGUGAUUACUUCCCUGCUGUUCAAAGUCAAUUGACCGCCUACCCUGGUUAUAAAGUUAUUGUUACAGGUCAUUCACUUGGAGGUGCUCAAGCAUUGCUUGCUGGUAUGGAUCUCUAUCAACGUGAACCAAGACUUUCCAAGAGCAACCUCGCCAUUUACACAGUUGGCUGUCCUAGAGUAGGCAAUCCUGCCUUUGCUUACUAUGUUGAUUCAACUGGUAUUACUUUCUCCAGAAGUGUCAACAACAGAGACAUUGUGCCUCAUGUUCCUCCUCAAGCCUGGGGCUUCCUUCAUCCUGGUGUAGAAGCUUGGGCUAGAAGCUCAAGUAAUGUUCAAAUUUGCACACCCAACAUUGAAACUGGCUUGUGCUCCAACUCCAUUGUGCCUUUCACUAGCUUCACGGAUCAUUUGACCUACUACGAUCUGAAUGAGGGUCUUUGUCUUUAA